GUGUGUUUGUGUGUGUGUGUGUGUGUGUAUGCUUGCGAGAAGAGCAGAGCAGAGCAGAGCAGAGCGGAGAGGAGAGAAGAAAGGGAACUGCUAUUUAAAACUAAAUUUAGAACCAAACACACUGUUUCCUUCUAAACAUAUGAUUAAACUACAGGGGAACAGUACCUCAAACUGGCCAACCAACUAACGACUUCCCCUCUCUCCAACCGUCGGGAUGCAGAACCCCGGGAAGGAACACCUGUACAAGGUGUUGGUGAUCGGGGACUUGGGUGUGGGGAAGACCUCUAUCAUUAAGCGGUAUGUCCAUCAGACUUACUCCACCAACUACCGAGCCACCAUCGGCGUGGAUUUCGCCUUGAAGGUCCUGAACUGGGACUCUGAGACGGUCCGGCUACAACUUUGGGACAUCGCCGGUAGGAUAGACUGCUCCUUAUCUAACCUACUAAGUCAGGAGCGGUUUGGGAACAUGACCCGUGUGUACUACCGAGAGGCCAUGGGGGCGUUCAUCGUGUUUGACGUGACACGGCCCACUACCUUCGAAGCCAUCACCAAGUGGAAGGAGGACCUGGACUCUAAACUCAUGUUGACCAACAGAGAGAGCAUUGCCACGGUCCUACUGGCUAAUAAAUGUGAUCAGGGGCGGGAGGUUCUGACCAAUAACGGCGUGAAGAUGGACCAGUUCUGUAAAGACAACGGCUUUGUGGGCUGGUUCGAGACCUCAGCCAAGGAAAACACCAACAUCAGCGAGGCAGCGAACUUCCUGGUGAAACACAUCAUGGCUACAGAGAAUGAUUUCCUCAAGUCAGUGGUCCCAGACACCAUCUCUCCAAAACUAAAUGACUCACAACCUGUGACCUGCUCUGCCUGCUACAAACCAUAGAGGGAGGAGAGGAGGAGAGGACUGGGGAUGAUGUGAAGGGAGGAGAAGAUAGGAAGAGAAAACUGGUUCAAACUAUAGAGGAAGGAGAGGAGGAGAGGGUGAAGAGAGGAGAGGAGACAGACCCUGGAGAAGAGGAAGAGGGAGUGGAACGGGGCUAUGUUGGUCCUCUGUUGUUGAAUUUGUAGAGCAUGUUGCGUGUAACACCAGGGUAGUGGGUUCAAUUCCAGGGACCACUCAUACGUAAAAUGUAUGCACGCAUGACUGUGAGUCGCUUUGGAUAAAAGUGUCUGCUAAAUGUAAUAUAUUAUUAUUAUUAUAUUGGGGAGCAGAGAGUGGAGAGAUGAUUGAAUGUCACUGCAAGUUCCCUCCAUAUCCACCUCUUCAGAAGACAGAGGCACUGAUUUCAAAACAUCCUCUUCUCCUCGAUCCUUGGCCCUCCAUUUACACAUUCAUGCGCAACUUCAUGUUUCAAAGCUGAGGGAGUGAAAAUUUGACUCUUACAUAGCCACUUCAGCCUGGCCAGCAAGGCUGCAAGCUUCAGAGCGAAGUGAUUUCCCAACACGCACUGCGAUAUGUUUGGAGUUUGCACAAUUUUAUACAAAAUAAUGGGGAGGCGUGCCUAAUUAUAUGUCAUGAAAGUUUGUUUAUGUCUGAUUUGUAAUAUUUUUAUAAUAUAAUAUAUAAUAAUAUAUAUUAUAUAACCUAUAAUAUUAUUAUAUUAUUAUAGUAUUUGUAAUAUUAUUAAUAAUAAUAAUAAAUAAUAAUUUGGAGACUUGACACAUGUAACAGAUGAAAUACCUCCCAAAUUAAAUGUUUACUGAGGUUAUACAUGUGCAUUCAGAGAGUAUUCAGACCCCUUCCCUUUUUCCACAUUUUGUUACGUUACAGCCUUAUUCUAAAAUGGAUCAAAUUACAUGUUUUCAUUAUCAAUCUCCACACAAUACCUUAUAAAUGACAAAACAGGUUGUUAGACAUUUUUGCAAAUGUUUUCAAAAUAAAAACCUUAUUUGCAUAAGUAUUCACACCCUUUGCUAUGAGACUCAAAAUGUUGCUCGGGUGUUGUUUCCAUUGAUCAUCCUUAAGAAACAUCCUUGAGAUGUUUCUACAACUUGCUUGGAGUCCACCCGUGGUAACUUAAAUUAUUGGACAUGAUUUGGAAAGGCACACACCUGUCUAUAUAAGGUCCCACAGUUGACAGUGAAUGUCAGAGCGAAAACCAAUCCAAGAAGUCGAAGGAAUUAUCCGUAGAGCUCUGAUACAGGAU